ACAGCAGCCAAGAGCAGCCGGCGCAGCAAGCUCUGGGUAAUAGAACGCAAGCUACGUUUGCAGUAAUUUUUGGUUCUGCAACGCAGUGUUGUCAUUACAUUUGUAAUUUCCGCUUCCGUGGGCCUUUCCUGCCUUCUUCCCGACCCAAAUCAUGGCGGCGCCCGGUGGCAGCAGUGGUACCUCACGGCGGUUAGUACAGUAUGUGGUGGUGAGAGCGGACCUGGUACGAACGCUUGCAUGGCCCCUCGGAGCAGUGAUCACGCAGGCUUGUCACGCAGCUACCGCUGCCAUCCACCUGCACUACAGCGACCCUGACACUCAGGAGUACCUAGCUGAGUUAGAUUGCAUGCACAAAGUGGUGCUGGAGGCCCCGGAUGAGGCCUCUCUCUCCAGCUUGUCAGACGUUCUGAGCCGGGAGGGAGUGGCUCACAAGCUGUGGGUGGAGCAGCCUGAGAACAUGCCCACCUGCCUGGCACUGAAGCCAUACCCCAAAGAAAACGUGCACCACCUGCUCCGCAAAUUCAAACUCUUGAAGUGAGUCGGCUUGUUUGGCUCAGAUAUGACCCACAGGAAGAACCUGGAGCCCGCAUUAAGAAAUAUGUUUGCAGCUGCUCCAAGCAACCUUUUUUUUUUUCACAAACUAUGAACCUCGCACACAUUCAUUAUUGUUUGCUUGUAAGCUAAAUCAGCAAAAGGACAAUCUUGACUCAGUAGAACUUUUGCAUGGAACACUGACAAACCUUGCUGACACAUGUGUUCUCGCACAGUAAACACAACUGGAACUGUGGUACAGAUGAACAACCCAAAGUUUCCCAAAGUAAAGGCAUAGCAAAGCGUAAUAAAGCAUAGUGAAUGCAUGGCAAAGCAUAGGUAAGCAUUGUAAAGCCAAAGCAUGGUACACGAAGGUAAAUGCAUAGUAUAACCAUGAGAAACAUGCACAAAUACUGUGCAAAUUUACCAUAGUAAACUUUCAAAUAGCUAUGUAACUUGGACUGAUAAAAAGUUGCUAUAAAAGUCUUGCUGUUGUGUUCUGAUUGGGUAUAGGUGUUUUCAAACCUAUACCCAAUCUGUAACCUUUGAAGAUUUGUUUCCUACUAUUGGCACAGUUACUCUUUUUUGUAUUUGUUCCAUAAUUUUCUGUCAUUAACACCUCAAAAUCUUUUUAAAAAGUGUUAAAACUGAACACAGUUGUUAGAUUUCAGCCAAUAAUUAAAAAUGUAUUGUUUUUAAUUUAAAUUAUUUCAAUUUCCAGCCCUAUUAUGAAAAUCUUACUUUUCCUGAAGAAAAAAAGCAAACAGUAUUUAGACAGAUGCAGAGUAUUUUGCAUGAAGGAAAUAACUGUAGCAUUUGUUUUUAAAACUUCAAUUUGAUAUAUAGGAACACUCCACAAAGAAUCUAAGGCAGGGGUUUUCAACUGGGGGAUACUCAGAAUUGCAAAAAUAAAAAUUAAAGUAAAAGAAAGCAAUGAUCUUGAAUUGAUUUUUUUUUUUUUAAAAGGUAGGACAUUCUCUAAACCAGUCUGCAUUAGAUUGUUGUUUAGCAGCUCAAAGUUCCGUCUGACUAUAGUUUCAAAAUUUUCAUCCAUUAUAUCCAUAUCAUCCACAGG